AUCAAUCUCGAGUUUUGCGGCAUCCCGAGCACGCAGACCGUCUCCCGUCAGUCGCAUGUGACUUAGACAUGUGCUGACUGUAUGUGCAAUGCUCAACUUCAAUGUCCUGCAUUGCAUCCAUCCAUCCACCCUGCUUGGGGCAUAGGUUCGUGUCCGGUAUGGGUGCAUGCAUCACUGGCUUACGAUAAAGACAACGAGACAACCAAGGGCAACACAUUAAAUUGAGGAGGCCUAUGCUAUUCCCGCCUGAGACACUGACUUUUGAUUGAGCACCAUACAGCAAUAGCUUCAUGUGUGUCAUGGUCCACCACCACCUCAAUAAGUAUGAAAACCAAAACUAUGUGGUUAGGCAGUUACUCAGACACACACACACACAGACGGCGGGGGAGAGAGAGGAAGAGAGCCCGCCUGUUCAGUAAGCAUGAGCUCGUUUGUAUCCGUGAACGAUGCUCAACGAGCUGUGCCCCGCUGUGUGGCGUCGUGUCGCUUGCUGUCGAUCUAUGUCCAUCCAUCCAUCCAUCAAUCAGUCAGUCAGUCAGUCAGCCGGGCCAUCCGUAAUCGCACAGGCGAGCCCACGAGACGAAUUGAUUGAGAUACAUCAUACGACACGCAUACCAGCCUCGCUCCACCGCCCACACCCACACACACAUCAAUAAAGGAACAGACAACCGGGGUGUUGUCGGUCAGCCAGCAGCCAGCCAAAACCACACAUAUCCCUUUCUGUCCACUCCCGAGCCCCCUCUGUAUAUGGACACUCUCACAUCUAUCUAUCGCCCGACGGAAUGCCGCAGCGGGCGGCGCUGUCCGACUGGCCGGCCCUCUGCACAACACAGACCAACACACAGAGGCGAGAGAGGGGUUUCACCAAUGGGGAUGGGUACGUGCAUCUAUUUGCUCAUCUUACUCACCACAUGCCCAGAGUCGGCCGCAGCGCUGCGGCGGGGCUGCAGGCACCUCCUAUGGCAGCCACACAGGCAGGCAAAGCAGUCACACAGACAACGAAUGCAUCACAACAAAUGCCCAUCCCUCCUGGUGUGCACAAACCUGCUGAUGCUGCCCUCCAGCUCGGCCGCGAGCUGCAGAAGACAGAGAGGGCAGCGAGCACACAAAGGAUUCACACCCACACAGCUGGCAUCUGUGUGAUGCGUGUUCCUUUACAGCUUCAAAGUGGUCAACGAGGGCGAGCGAUACGCGUACAGAGUGGCAGGCGCAACAGCCGCAUCAAUGAGCAAGGGCGCCACAGCCGCGAUCAAGUGGAGGAUGCGGCCCCGCCAUUCUCAUGGCAGCUCACGCAAAUCACACAUACUCCCCGACGCGGGAGGGGAUGAGAAGAAGAGCUAGCGCCAACCAGAACAGCAGAGAGCUGCGAUGCGGAUCAGGCGAACAGCCCGUAGAGGGCUGGUGGCCGCAUCCGGGACGGCCCGUCGGCCGGAUUGUCUUGCCAAUCAUCCUGAAGCAUCGGCGCGUCGGCUUUACAUUCUCGAACGCUUGAAUCACCAGCCUGCACAGCCAUUCAUUCAUCCAUUCACCGGAGAACAGCCCGUCCGUUUGCAUGUCAUCGCCGCGGUAUUUCUGUCGUUCUUCUGACCUGUGUUCGCUCCUCUGCUGCUCCAGCUCCUGCAUCUUCAUGAUGAUGUCGUGGCGCUCCUUCUCCAACUCCUGCAGACGCUGCACGACCGCAGGAUCUUGACCCUUCUGCCCACUCGCCAUCGCCAACUCGCACAGAUCUUGCUAUUGCCACUCACAAGAGGUCUGCUGCGGCCUCCAUCCGUUCAUUGUGAGGGCAGUUUCAUG